CUGCGCAUGCUGACUGCAAGCACACACAGGCUUGGUACGGAGGAAGUAGGAUCUAUUUUAUUGUUCUGUAUCAUUUUCGGAUUAGAACCAUAAUCUCUGCCGACAUCGUCAGACAAGAACACUCACAUCGACGAGGCAAUCUAGCGAGUUUUUUUUAGGCAAGAAUUAGUAUAGUCGCUAGAACAAGACCACGCGAAGUGACAGAGGAAUUAAAACGGUAACUUGGGCGCUACCACAAUAGUCUCCAUCGGCAGUUAAAGUCCCCCGGAGAGAAAGGAACUGCCGGCCAAACUGUCAGCAGACAUGGACGGGCGGUACAGAUACAGACAUUUAAGAUGGGCCACCAUGGUGCUAAUAAGUUUGCUAUCAACGAUGUGCAGUGUACAAGCAGUUACAGAGCCACCGCCUAUCGAUCCCCAAGACUUAGAGGAUAACAUCUGCUCAGCGGCAAGGACUUGCCGGGAGUGUAUCGCACUGGAUCCAAUGUGUGGCUGGUGCGGGGAUCAGGGUUAUGCAGAGGAGACAAACUUUCAAAGAUGUGAUUUACAUGCCAACUUGAUGAACAGGACUUGUCAAGAUAUUACAUUCCCUGAUAGCGUUGUAGGAGUUAUACAGAAUGAUCCUUUAAGCGACGCCGGUGAAGGGCCAAUGGAAGCCGUGCAAGUGGCGCCCCAGAGGAUCACGUUAAAAUUACGGCCAAAGGAAACAGCAAAUUUGACAGUAUCGGUACGGCAAGCGAGAGACUACCCAGUGGAUCUGUACUACGUCAUGGACCUGAGCAAAUCCAUGGGCGACGACUUGAACAGGUUGAAAACACUGGCUACAACAUUAGCGCAAGAGAUAGGGAACAUCACCAGAAACUUUCGUCUAGGCUUCGGUUCAUUCGUCGAGAAAACGGUGGCGCCCUUCGUCGACACUGCAAUUGGAAGUCUUAGAGAGCCAUGUCCUGGUUGUGAGGCUCCGUAUAACUUCAGAAACCAUCUCCCCCUAGACAACAAUACAGACUUAUUCUCGCAAAGAGUCAGCGAAAUCAAAAACGUUUCCAAAAACGCGGAUCAUCCCGAGGCUGGUCUUGACGCCCUCAUGCAGGUCACAGUAUGUAAAGAUCAGAUUGGUUGGCUGCCGAGAGCGAGGCACAUCGUCGUCUACACUAGCGAUGACUCGUUCCAUAUUGCAGGUGAUGGAAAGCUUGGCGGCAUUGUACAACCAAACGAUGGGAAGUGUCAUCUCGACCCAGACACGGGCUUCAACACCAAGGCUGAUGAAUAUGAUUACCCAUCUUUUGGGCACCUGAACUUCAGAAUGAGAGAGCAGAACGUCAUUCCGAUCUUCGCCGUGACAUACGAACGAAUAGGCUUUUAUCACCCUCUCGUUCGGUUUAUCGAGGGUUCGACUGUGGGCACGCUGGCUCAAGACUCUUCAAACGUUGUCCAGUUGAUCAAGGACAACUAUGAGAAAAUCACCUCGCGGGUGGAGAUCGUGGACAAUUCCCUGGAGAAUCUUGCCGUGAGUUACACGUCACGGUGCCUGGACGAGGCACCGAGACCAAACUCCAAGGUCUGUACGGGGCUACGCCUCGGUGAGACGGUCAGCUUUGAUGUCAGCGUGGAGGCUACGAGUUGCCCGGACAAUAACACACAAAAGUUCUCCAUUCGGCCGAUUGGAUUCGACGAAGCUGUGGAGAUCACGGUCGAAGUUGCAUGCGAAUGCGAGUGUGAGGCAUCAGCGGUUCCUAAUAGUGAAUACUGUACCAAUGGUAACGGCACCUUAUCGUGUGGUCAGUGUGCGUGCGAUCCUGGACGGUAUGGUAAGCAGUGUGAGUGUAGCAGCACUGACGAUGCAGGGGAUAAGUACGAGAACAUCGCAUCGUGUAGAGCGAGCAUCAAUUCAACAUCCUCAGUCGUCUGUUCAGGCCGAGGGGAAUGUAUAUGUGGGGAGUGCGUCUGUUUUGAGCGACAGGAUCGAAACGAGAUCGUUUCGGGACGGUAUUGUGAAUGCGACAAUUUCUCGUGCGAACGAUACGAUUCGGAAUUGUGUGGAGGGCCAAAUAGAGGCGAGUGCGUGUGUGACGAGAAGAAGCGGCGUAGUACGUGCAAGUGCAGACCCGGCUACGUUGGUAACGCUUGCGGCUGCGCCACAUCGAUGGCUGCAUGCAUUGCUACCAAUGGGCUUAUGUGUAAUGGGAGAGGACGGUGCAUCUGCAACAAGUGUACCUGUGAGUCGCCAUUCCAAGGCGAAACGUGUGAAGUCUGUAAGACUUGUAUUGGCAAAUGUUCGUCGUACCGACCCUGUGUGGAGUGUCAGGUCUACAGUGUAGAUAUCUCACCCGCGGAUUGUAACAAGUGCAACGUGGCUGUGGCGAUCGAGACAGACUUGCCAACCAUAAACGGAUCCAGUCUGUGCGAGUUCCCUGUACCCGAAGGUCACAGCAACUGCUCCCAGACGUACAGCUUCGUGUACGAGACACUCAGCAAUGGCACCAUACUAGUUCAUUUGGUAGAACCAGGAGAGUGCGGAGGUGAUUCUGGGAGUGGCGGAAACGACGGCGAUGGCCCCGUUGUUGAGAAAGAUGCUUCAGGUAGCGAGAUAUUAAUCCUCAUUAUCAGCAUAGUAGUCGUCAUCGUGCUGAUAGGCGUGGUACUCCUGGCACUCCUAAAAGCGGCUACUUUCUUGCAUGAUAGGAGGGAGUUUGCACGCUUCGAGAAAGAGCAGAAGUCGGCAGUCUGGGGUCAGGCGCAAAACCCGAUCUACAAGCCAUCGACGUCUACCUAUAUCAACCCAAUAUUUGGGAAGUAGCCGUAAGUAUGGACACCGUAUACCGCCAGCCGAAGGUACCAGUUAAUGUUAAAACAAAGUGUUAGUUACGCGUGUUCUUCUAUGUAUAUUGUUCCUUGAUUAUGCAGUUUAUUGUCGGUUCCCAGACUAUUUGAGCUAUAUGUUCUUCGUGAACUAAAUUAGGCCUAGAAAGCUAGAGAAAGUUAAACAAAGCUUUCUGAAACCAUGAGAGUUACAAACUGAUAAAGAUUGAUUGUACCCUUCAAUCGGGUACACGACAAAAGCGACCAAUAAGCGAAAAUUUUUUGAACAUUUUUCUUUCAUACAUAUUAACCCCCUAUAUUAAUCCAUACAUGUAAUUGUCAAAGCAAGUUAUUGUUCUUACUACACUCUAAAAAAGAAGUGUAAAUUUAUGUUGUGUAAAACUGUUGUGUAAAAAAAUUGCGUCAUUUCUGCCCAAUAUUGAGCAAAAUGAAAAUUUCGCUUGUACCUCCUACUUGUGUCAAAUGUGCUACACAUGAAAAGAGUAAAAUAGUACCCAACAUUGACUACAAGUCCCUGCAGCACAGGCAAAGAGUUCAAAUCAUGGUGUUAUUACCCAAGUGAUGGGUUAAAGAAACUGGAUUUACCCCACCGCUGUGUAACAAUUAUUUCAUUGUACACGUUGAAGAGUAGAAUUUACCAUUACAUUAGUAAAAUGUUACCACUGUGUGGGGUAAACUGACGCACGUGACAACGUUUACCCAAUAUUGUGCACGCGUCAUCACUCAUGUACAAAAUGGCCGCCGCUUGUGAGACCUUCAACAAUGUGGGGAUUUUGAUGACGUGAUUUCUUUGUUCCAGGUAAGUCAGUGAAAUGAAUUUCAGUGUUGUUUCCUCCAAAUGGGAUGCUGAUGUAUGAGGAUUAAUAUCGGGGAGAUUAGAGAAGUAACAUGCUUAUUUUUUGGACAUUUAUGUGCAACUUGGACGUCACGACUCAGCCAACCACGAUUCCAUGCACGUGAUGCAUACGUUUCAUGUACCGUAUAGUGAGUGUUCUCAGAUCUAGAAACACGGAGUAAAGUGACCGACAUUUGGGAAAUUGUUUUUGAAUGAGUUGAUUGAGGGAAAUCCUAACACCCCUGCCCAUCAUUUAGCCCACGUUCCUCGUAAUAGUCCUUAUGCAUCAGCACCAUAUUUGGGGAAAUAUCAUCUUAUUCAUUUUACUGACUUUCCAACCCAGGACUCAGUUAUUGAAAUCCCUCGCGAUUGCUGUCUCUAUAGCAUGCAAUUCACAUUGCAGAGUUCAAAGUUGAAUAAAACCGCAAGGAUCAAUAACAAAGGUACACAACAACUA